GGGAUGUUUUUUGGAAACAAAUUUGUGUUUAUAACCGUUUAAUGACCAAAAAAUUGACCUCAAAAUGGCGCAAAUCUAUUAAAAAGUGCAGAAAAAACGGAAAAAUGAAAAUACAUGAUUUAUUUGUCGGGGAUUUGUGGAGAAACGAAAAUUUAUUUUUUGGAAUAUUUCUAUGGCUUCAUAUAGGAGGGGCCCCUGACAUCACUGAUAGGGUUGGGGUUUUUUGAGCCGGCCCGACGUUCGAGUCAUUUUUUUGGGCCGGCCGGCCGAGUCAAUUUCGGGCCAAAAUUCGUUGCCCGACUCGAUCUUUUGGACCAGACCGACCCCCAACUCUAAUCUCUGGUCUUCAUUGACUUUUUUUUAAUUUUUGGAUGUAUUAUGGAAUUUUUUCAAGCUUUAAAAGUGUUUUUUGUUCCUUCUGGUUUGUGGGAACCUAUAUUUUGAACAGAAAAUGUUUCAAUUUUUUCACAUUUAAACUUUACUUUUUUAACAAAUUUGAAAUUUAAUUUUUUUUAAAGUCUCAGCAAUCAACAAAAACCAAAAGAAGAAGAAACAAUGACUGUUAAAAAUAAAGAGAAUAAUAAUUCUUCCUCCGUCCCAGCUUUUUUGAGAAGGACUUGUAGUAACGCAGCAAAUGGAAUAAAUGCAAUAAAGCCUUCAGGUUGGAUUGGGGCGGCAAUAAUGAGGGCUUCUACUUCGGAUGAUAAUGUAAAAACCAAAUCAACUCCUCGAAGAACCCAAAGUAUUGGAAGCUCAACAACCACACAAAUAUUAAAUUUGCCCCCAACAUUUUUAUAUUCUACCGGUUGGAUGGUUGAAGCAGACCUUUCUAGUGACGAUUCUAAUAAUGAAAAAGUGCAAAUUUUUGGUGGAAAUAAUUGUGGAGGUGUUGAAGAUUGCAUUAUUGAACUUGAUGGCCAACGCAAGUUGGGAAUUCAACGACUGCAUGAAUUACUUAUUAGUAGAUUUUGCUUUAUUUCGGGAAUGAAAACACUUAAAGGCCAUCCUCUUGUAACCUUCCCAGAUUCCAGAUGUUGUCUAAGUUUUGAAAAUUAUCAACUUUUAUUGGAUUAUUUAUUUCAAAUAAAUCGGGAAGAGUCUGAUCCAUCAACAGAAGACAAUAAUUUAAUUAAACAAGAAUGGAUUGUUAUUGUUGAUAGACGUCAAGAUAGAUGGUCUUCUGUUAAAACAAUACUUUCUUUUUUGGUGAAUUACUUUCCCGAACCAAUUUAUCUCGUUAUUCUGCUCAAACCAGAAGGUGUUCUUCAACGUGCUAUAGAAUACGGGUACAAAGGUGUGUUGGAUGGAUGUGAAAAGUUUAGGCUCCACAUUUGUCAAAAUUUUUCAUCUCUUCAUGAAUUUAUUGAACCAGAUUUUUUGACAAUGGAUUUGGGUGGUUCAGUGCAUCAUAAUCAUGAUGAUUGGACAAAUUAUCGAAUUGAGAUUGAACGUAUGAAAAGUUCCGCGCGUGUUAUAGCCGAAUCUUUGGGUGACUUUGGAAAGUGCCUUCGCGAAACAGAAUUGCCCAAUGAUGUUCAAACAACAGAAAAAGUGUUGGAAAUGCAACAACACGAAAGGGAUGCAAUAAAAGAAGAUUUUCGAAUUUCUAUUCGAAAAGGAUUGCAAUUGUUGAGACAAGUUAAGCAGACGGAGGAAAGUUCAAAUAUUGACCACCAACAUCCUUCACCUUGCAGUCUUCAAAAUAUCGCAGCUAUUGAAAGAAUGAUUGCACAAUUACAAGAUACUGAAAAAAGUUUUGAUACUUUUUGGCAAAAACAUCGUUUAAGGCUAAUGAGUUGUUUAGAAUUGAGGCGAUUUGAAGAUGAAUUUAGAAAGUUGCAAAAUUCCUUCGCCAAGCAUAUGCAUCGUUUAGAAGAACAAAAGAUUGAGUUAGGCAAUAGUGAAUCCAGUGCUGCCCGUUUAGCACUUGAACAUCGUGAUUAUCGUGCAGAUGCAAUGACAGACGUUUUUGCUGCUCGAACACUUAAAGAACGGGGUUUAAUGCUUGCGGAAAAGGAAUUGACAGAAUCGUUGAACACACAAGGAAGUGAUAGGUGAGAAGGAGAAAAUUGUUUUUGUAUAGGUCCAUAACCGGUUAAUUUUUGCUUGUGGGGGCUCUAAUGAUCUUAUUAUUAUUCUUCAUUUGUGCCAUCACAAGCAAGAUAGUAUUUUUUAAAACGCUCAUUUUUUCAGUUACAAAAUUCUUUCGCAAAAUUCUUUUACAAAAAAAACCUUCUAGGUUGUGACCUUUCGGGGCGGGGAAAAAUUUACGGGGAACGGGGGUUGCGG